GAGAUCGCCUCCUACCUGAUAUCUUUUGACAGACAUGAAGAGUGGCUCUCCUGCAGCCUGAAGACCAGGCCGAAGAACGGCAGCAUCAUCCUCUAUAACAGGAAGAAGGUGAGGUACAGGAAGGAUGGAUACUGCUGGAAGAAAAGGAAGGAUGGAAAGACCACCAGAGAGGACCACAUGAAGCUGAAGGUCCAGGGCAUGGAG